GGCUUCCGUUCCGAGAGGGCGGGCCGGCAUCCCAAACGGAAGGUGGUAGUCGCUGCCCGAGCUGGUUUGAAACUGGUGGUCGGGCCCGGCCGGCCGAGUGUGUGUGUGUGUAGCCGAGGACCCGCUGCAGGGCUAGGCCGCUCUUGACCGCCCCGGCCCCGCCUCCCCUCGGACCCGCGGACCCGAGCCCGGCUCCCCGCCUGUCUUGCGCCCCAGCCCGCUGCCUCUCCGGCCGGCUCUGCGGCCCAGCCGCCACCAUGUCCCUGCACGGCAAACGGAAGGAGAUCUACAAAUAUGAAGCGCCCUGGACUGUGUACGCCAUGAACUGGAGCGUGCGGCCGGACAAGCGCUUUCGCCUGGCCCUGGGCAGCUUCGUGGAGGAGUACAACAACAAGGUUCAGCUUGUUGGUUUGGAUGAGGAGAGUUCAGAGUUUAUUUGCCGAAACACCUUUGACCACCCAUACCCUACCACAAAGCUCAUGUGGAUUCCUGACACGAAAGGCGUCUAUCCAGACCUUCUGGCGACAAGUGGUGACUAUCUCCGCGUGUGGAGGGUCGGUGAAACCGAGACCAGGCUGGAGUGCUUGCUAAAUAACAACAAGAACUCAGACUUCUGUGCUCCCCUGACCUCCUUCGACUGGAACGAGGUGGAUCCUUAUCUUCUAGGUACCUCAAGCAUUGACACAACGUGCACCAUCUGGGGACUAGAGACCGGGCAGGUGCUGGGACGAGUGAAUCUCGUGUCUGGCCAUGUGAAGACCCAGCUAAUUGCCCAUGACAAAGAGGUCUAUGACAUUGCCUUCAGUCGUGCUGGAGGUGGCAGGGACAUGUUUGCCUCUGUGGGCGCUGAUGGUUCUGUGAGAAUGUUUGACCUCCGCCAUCUGGAACAUAGCACCAUCAUUUAUGAAGACCCACAGCACCACCCCCUGCUUCGCCUCUGCUGGAACAAGCAGGACCCUAACUACCUGGCCACCAUGGCCAUGGAUGGGAUGGAGGUGGUGAUUCUGGAUGUUCGAGUUCCCUGCACACCGGUUGCUAGGCUAAACAACCACCGAGCAUGCGUCAAUGGCAUAGCCUGGGCCCCACACUCAUCCUGCCACAUCUGCACUGCAGCGGAUGACCAUCAGGCCCUCAUCUGGGACAUCCAACAGAUGCCUCGGGCCAUUGAGGACCCUAUCUUGGCCUACACAGCUGAGGGAGAGAUCAACAAUGUGCAGUGGGCCUCCACUCAGCCUGACUGGAUCGCUAUCUGCUACAACAACUGCCUGGAGAUACUCCGUGUGUAGUGUUGGUGGCACCUCACGUAUCCGGCAGGGGCUUGUGUGCUUCAGCCUCUGCCUCCUUCCCUCCCCAUGUAAGAAGAACAUGUUUCCAGUGGCCAGUAUGUCUGUUGUUGCUUUACACCCACUGUGUUCAGAAGCUGCUGUAGAAGUCCAGGCCAGUUACCCUGCUGUCUGUGUUGGACUGUGCUGUGUGGCGCCACUGCAGCCCAGGGCUGGGUUUUAAAUUUUCACUCCUUUCCUCUUCUUUGCUUCUUCAAUUAAACGUUUCUGUAUAUUUGUUUGUCAGCUGUUGUGUUCAUAAACAGUACAAGCACUGGCUCUGUCUGUGUCCACCUGCCCAUGUCUGUCUGUCUACUGCUGAGGCAGUCGUCUGUCUCGUGUCCCCAUCUGUGUCGUGCUAGCACUUAAGUGGGAACAAAGGCCAACUUCAGAUUGUCUUUCCUCCUGGCACCAGUGUCUUUUAACCUCAACUUUGUAUGUUUUUUAUCUGUCAGGCUAGUUUUUUUAUGAAAAGAAUUUAACCUUUCUGGUUUCUUGAUUUCACAGGUUUCCCUCUUUGUACCUUCCUCUCUUCCCUCAGUGCCUGCAGGGUACUGGACCCUAAACCCCACGAGCAGUUUGCUUUCCUGAGUCACUGCCUGUGGGGCACAGCCCUGACCCCUGACCGGGAGUUGACAACUGCGCUGGUGCUCUGAAGUCUACUGACUCACCAACCUUUCUCAGCCUGGGUCUCCUGAAGGCCCUCGGAGGCCCCAGGAGACGCAGGAGGCUUCUGUUCCACCCUCAAGUUCCUUUCUCUGGCUUCGCUAAUUGAGUACCCUGUGGGGCUGAGAUAAGCAGUUGACUAGGGGUCAUGAUGAAGGAGAAUCAUUAUUAUAUCACGUUUCCAGUACCUGGUUUCAGAAUCUAUUUUUCCAGUUUCGAACUUGAACGAUAGGCAAGAGAGAUCUCUAAGCUUCUGUGUUUCUGUUUGUUGAGUUUCCUCUCUCUGGUGGGAUACUGGCCCAUCUUUGAAUUGAGUGCUCUGAAUAAGAGACUUCCUGGGAGGUACUGUCUGUGUUUGACCCUGAACAAGAUCUUUGGACUGAGAUAGACACCCUCUCCUCAGUGUAGGUUAUGAGCAGUAUUGGACUUUGUAGGCUGCAGUUGGCCUAGCUGACUUACAGGCCUUGUGUGUCUGUUUCCGUUAUGUGUUUGGGUUCCACAGAGGGGACUAGUAUGUGGUUCUGACUUUAGAUGAGUCCCCGGCAGAGUUGGGAACAUGGUCUAGGAGAGUGUGCCUGGUUUAGAAUCGGCUGAGCUGCUUGCAGGUUUCUUAGACGCUCUGGUAUGAGGAGCAGCAGGCCUGAAAGCUGAUGGGGGGUUUCGGCCAUUCAUGUUGACUCAUUCUUCUGGGAGCAUAGACUCUCUGGCAGGGUCUCUGCUUGUUUCCACAGCUGAUGUAGUUGUAUGCCAAAAGUCUUAGAUUUAGCUUCACUCCGUAGGAGCUUGUCCCAAAGGAAAGGCCUUUUCAGUCCAGGAUUUCUCCUUGGCCUUCCCAGUCUGUCAUUCUGAUUGUGUCUCUGGCUGGCCAAAUGCUCGAGGUUAAUGUUCCUGCACUAACCUGCGGCUUGUCCUGUAUCAGUUUGUGCUUACCUCUGCUCUUUGUGGCAUUUGCCAGCUAGGUACAGACCCCUCAAGGGUAGCAGGCUUGCUGAUGGUUGCUGCUGUAGGAGCCCUCAGUUUCUUCCUGGGCUGAAUCUACAGUAGAAGUCAGGGUGGUCGCAGGGCCUGUGGGGAGCACCUGUACUGGGGAGCGCCUCUGUUCUGGGUGGAGCCUCUGUCUUCUUUUCCUUUAGCUUGGGCUGAAUGAUGGGAUUUGUCAACUAGAACUUGAAAAGUUUUAAAAGGUUAGCAGCAGUUAUUAGAAUACAUUUGUGUGCAGUAUCUGUGCUUUGGAAACCAACCACGUGAUGAUUUUUCCCUCGCUCUGUGGACACUUGUCGACUUUCUUCAGUCUUCCUUUUCUGCUCUCCAAGUGGAUUGGGUAAGACUCUUGCUAUCUCUGUCUCCAAGCACACAUGCGCCCACCGCUGCAGGGCUGUUGGUAUUUGAAGUCUCUCCACCAUAUGCACAGGCGGCCCCUGUAGCCGAGGAAGAGGUUCUGUAGGCAUGAGAUGCAGGACGUCCAUAAGUCUGCUGUCUUCCCUGAAGCACAGCUCUGUUAAAAGUUUCAACGCCAGUCUCUUAAUAUUGCCAGUUCUUAGCCUGACAGUGAGGUGGGUCAGUAUCUCCAUAUCUGUCCUCUGGGCUCCAGGUUCUGGUGUGGCUACAGUGCUAUUUUGACGUGGUUUUGGCAAGCUAAGCUGGAGGCUCUGGCCUGUGUUUUCUGUGUCUGCUGUAUGGGAGGCUGCAUGGUCGGUCAGACUAGCAGAGAGCUGAGCUGGUGAGUGGGUCUGAGGCUUGUGGGCUUGUGCUCUUAAUCUCUCUCCUGGCCUUUGAGGCUAGGGCUUGAGGAGGAGUGACACAAGACAAGUGGGUGGGGACUUCCUAUCAAAAUCAGAAUUAGGUCAGAUAUCUGGUGACAGCCCAGGAAGAAAGGGAAAAAAGGCAGAAUCCUACAGUGUUUUGAUGAUGGUUACAACUAGAAUUUGGUAUUUUAGGGUAGAGGAGAAGGAAAUACUAGAGAACACAGAGAGUCUGAGGGGGGGAAACAUUCAGAUGGUCUGUCUCAUAGCUGUGGAGCACAUCUGUGCCUCAGCCUAGGUUGGCCUUCCUGCAUCAUUAAUGAAGCUUCUGUAUCAUUGGGUACCAGGAAGUACAGUUGGGCGGAGAGACCUUCUGGCAGCAGCGCUGCCAUAGGGAUGUCUGGUGGUUAAAUUCUAGGUAUUGGGUAUCCUGUGACAGUACAUGAUGACACUGUUUGAGACAGGUUCUUUCAUUGUAGACCAGGCUGUUCUUGAACUGAGUGCUGGGAUCACAGGCAUGAGCCACUGCCCCAGCAUCUGUGCUUCUUCCCCAACACAGGCCCUCACAGGCUAGGCGAGUGACCUACCACUGAACCACACCCUCUAGCCCCUUCCUUUUCUUUCCUUUGUCCCUUUCUUAUUACCUUGCUACUGUAGAAUGUUCUCCCUGAUGCACUCUGUGCCCUCGAUUCCUAGGCCAUAAGGAAAUGUAGGAUGGGGGGUGGGGGGAUACCAAACAUGGUAGGCAGUCCAUAACUGCACUCUACUUUCCCCAUUGUGAAAUAGGGCAGGUCCUUUGAUUGCCUGGCUCAGGCUAGAGUACCAUUGCAGUAGAGGCCUCAGGAUGAGGAAGGUGGGGUCUAUUCAGCAUUUGGGUUUCCUGAGAGGAGAGCAGUUACCCUGAGCCAGGAUUUCCCAGCGUUGUCCUCUGCUGUGAGGCAGCAGCUGAGUGUCUCACAUCUCCGAUCUUGUUCACCUCAAGCCGUCUACAUUCUCUCUUUCUCCCAUACUGUCAUUGCUGCUACUGUUCAGAGUCAAGCAUGUGGUGUUACAGAAUGAGCAGGUCUUCUUGGGCUGCUCUCUGGAUGUCACUUUAAAUGUGGAAAUGUGCGGAUGCUUUCUCCAAGAUGCUUAGACUGAUAUGCCAGCCAGAAACAGUAAGCUAAGAGAAGCUUGAACUCCAAAAGAAUGAUGUUGACCGUCUGUGUAACAGCUGGAAAAUGUGCAAGCACCCGCCUCUGAGACGACAGCUCAGGGAAGCCGAGCUGUACACCUGCCUCUGAGACAACAGCUCAGGGGAGCCGAGCUGUACACCCGCCUCUGAGACGACAGCUCAGGGAAGCUGAGCUGUGCUCUCCACCAUUGGAAAGAAAUGUCCUCCCUUGGGCUGACUGUGAUGUACGAUGUGUUGUGGAAAUCGUUGAGCUGACGCUUUUGUCAAAUCUGAGUCCCUUGCUUUGAUCCCGUGUGUGUUAUGAUCCCUGUCAGUGACUUCCCCUGAGUGUGAACUAUAGCAUGAUUGUAUAAACCUCUAUGUAGAAAAUGGAGAUUUCAUGUUCUACAAAAUGUUAAGCUCUAACUGAUCCAUUUCUGUGCUCUUUAUAGCCUCAUGUGUAUGACCUUACUUUCUUAUAUAUUUAAACUUUCCUUCUGUUCUAAAGCUUUUGUGGUAUCCUUUGUUCAGGUGGAGAGGAAGCUGUCCCUUUGCAGAACUGUACUGUAACCAUUUCUCCUUUAUAAAUAUUAUUUUCACAGGGCUGAUUGUAUACAGGGCUUAUAAUAAAAAAAUUAACACUGUGUUGUGAACGAGCUGCGGUUUCUCCAUUGGAGGUGACUUCAAAAGCACCUGAGGGUGGAGUGUCCCUUCUGUGACCUCACUUCCUGGCACGUGACUUCUAACCUCAGUUUUGUCCUGUCUCGGCCCCGUAUAAGAAGUACCAUAUUUUCUGCCCAUCAUACUUUGUAAUAAAACUUGAACAUGUAUAGAUUGAA